AGUACAUACAAAUUUCAUUGUAUAACAUAGCUAAAAUAUGCAGAAUACUGCUUAGAUUUUUCUUGUGUUUUUUGAUAUGUGGCCAGCAUUGAGUGUUUACCGUCUGCUCAAUUUGCCAGAGAGUUUAAUUAUAACAUUUACAAGGUUUGCAAGAUUAGAGGAAAAAAUGCCCCUACAGCCUUAUUGUAAACUUAUUACUGAUAAUUUAAAGUAAGUUGGAUUCUUUAAGCCAGCUGUGACUGGCAUUUGGUAAAGGUGAAAGGGCCUAAGCGGUCGCUUGUGAAGCAGAUAGUUUCUGACUGUGGUAGUAGGAAGGGACUAGCACUUGAGGCCAUCAGAACAGUGAGGAGAUGGGAAACAUUUUAUUUUCCAGUGGGUUUCUAGUUCUCCAAAUUAAAAUUGAGCUUUAGAUACUUCAUGAUAGGUGGGUGAGGUGAAACAUGCCUUUAAUUACAGCACUCGGGAGACGACAGGCUGGUCUUAGUGAGUUUGAGGCCAAUCUGGCCUACUUAGCCAGUUCCGUCACAGCAGGACCCUCCCUGUCUCAGAAAAACCAAGUUUUGUCCCCUUCCCUCCCCCCCAAAAAAACCCAAACCUCACAAAUAAUAUAUAAAAAUAAAUUUCGUGCUCAUAAUCUGCUAGUGAGAGCAUGUAAUCUCUGCUUAGCAGUUAUAGGCUUGACCUUAGGAUAACAACAGAAGCAUUAAAAGAAACUGCCCUUCCAGAAGUUUGUGCUCUGAGGGCCCGCGAGAGACUCAGCGGGUGAAAAAGCUGGUGGCAGGGGAGAACUGAUUCCUGGGAGUUACCCUCUUAUUUCCACAAACACCCCCUGCCGCACAUGCACUCAUGCUUGCUUGCAUGCAUGCAUGUGCACACAUAUGCGUACACACAGACGUAUGUAGGGGUAAAAGUAAAGUUGCAGUGGGAGUAGCAGGACCCACUUAGAUAUACAGGAGCAAAUAGGGCAAAAUAGUCAUGGCCUCCAUUUAUAGAGCACUUUUAAUUCCUUUCAGUUUGCGUUUUUCAAGAUAGGGUUUCUCUGUGUAACAGCACUGGCUGUCCUGGAACCUGGGUGAUUUGAACUAGUGGUGGUAACAGAGAUCAGGACAAAAUUGAAAGUGCAGCAGGUAAAAUGAAUUGAAGUUUGUUAUUGAUUAGCUCUGAGAUGAAAGGACACGGAUGUAAAGUUUGUCACUUGCUACCUUUCUGGCUUGCCUCGCAGAACCAAGCUAGGGAAUUACAUGUUCAGUUGUAGUAUAUUGCGUGGGAAGCACUUUUGAGUCAUUCAUUUUUAUAUGUUUCACACACAGUAAUUCUAGGUUCUGAGGUUUUAACCAAAGAUAUGAGACUCUAGGUGACCUAGGUUGGAAUGCUGCCUGUUGAAAUGGCCCUUCCCAAGUUCAUAGACCUAGGACAAAGUAUUUAACUUUUCUGUGUGUUUGCCUUUACCUAUAACAUGGAGGAAAUACCGGUCUUGAAGAAUUGUCCAGAGAGGCCAAAACGAGUAACAAGCCAUAGACAAAGCAGCAGAGUGCCUGGUCUGUGCCCGAUGGCAGUGAUUACUGCCUAGUGUUAACAUAGUGAGCUGACGGGAAGGAUUGCAAGGAGCCCAGAAAAUCUGAGCUUCAAUAACAGUACAUUCCCCACAAAAAAGCACUAAAAAUCAUGCCUUGCUGGAAGCUGCAGGACCAAGUCAUGUUGCAAUCAAUGCCAUUUCUGCCAACAUGGACUCCUUUUCAAGUAGCAGAACAGCAACACUUAAGAAGCAGCCAAGCCACAUGGAGGCUGCUCAUUUUGGGGACCUAGGCAGAUCCUGUCUGGACUAUCAAACUCAAGAGACCAAAUCCAGUCUUUCAAAGACCCUUGAACAAGUCUUGCGUGACGCUAUUGUCCUCCCAUAUUUCCUUCAGUUUAUGGAACUUCGGAGAAUGGAGCACUUGGUGAAAUUUUGGUUGGAAGCUGAAAGUUUUCACUCUACAACUUGGUCCCGAAUAAGAGCACACAGUCUGAACACAGUGAAACAGAGUUCACUGGCUGAGCCUGUCUCUCCAUCUAAAAAGCAGGAAACGGCAGCAUCUUUUGUAACUGAGUCUCUCGACAGGAGGUUGGGGGAUUCUAGUUCAGCCCCACUGCUUCUGACUCAACCAGAAGGAGUUGACCUGAGUAGUAGAACUCAGACCACUCAGACUCACUUGCUGCUUUCCCAGGAAUGCCACAGUGCCCACUCUCUCCAUCUUGAAAUGGCCAGAACAGGAACUCAUCAAAUCUCCACAGACUCCCGAGACUCCUCUUCCAGACUUCCAGUAGCCAGUAGAAGUAGUACCUCUUCUCCACUGAGAGAACUAUCAGGAAAACUAAUGAAAAGUAUAGAACAAGAUGCAGUGAAUACUUUUACCAAAUAUAUAUCUCCAGAUGCUGCUAAACCAAUACCAAUUACAGAAGCCAUGAGAAAUGACAUCAUAGCAAAAAUUUGUGGAGAAGAUGGACAGGUGGAUCCCAACUGUUUCGUUCUGGCACAGGCUGUAGUCUUUAGUGCAAUGGAGCAAGAGCACUUUAGUGAGUUUCUGCGAAGUCACCAUUUCUGUAAAUACCAGAUUGAAGUGCUCACCAGUGGGACUGUUUACCUGGCUGACAUCCUCUUCUGUGAGUCAGCCCUCUUUUAUUUCUCUGAGUACAUGGAAAAAGAAGAUGCCGUGAAUAUCUUACAAUUCUGGUUAGCAGCGGAUAAUUUCCAGUCUCAGCUUGCUGCCAAAAAGGGCCAGUAUGAUGGACAGGAGGCCCAGAACGAUGCCAUGAUUUUAUAUGACAAGUACUUUUCCCUCCAAGCCACACACCCCCUUGGAUUUGAUGAUGUUGUACGAUUAGAAAUUGAAUCCAAUAUCUGCAGGGAAGGUGGGCCACUUCCUAACUGUUUCACAACUCCAUUACGUCAGGCCUGGACAACCAUGGAGAAGGUCUUUUUGCCUGGUUUUCUGUCCAGCAAUCUUUAUUACAAAUAUUUGAAUGAUCUCAUCCAUUCAGUUCGAGGAGAUGAGUUUCUUGGAGGGAAUGUUUCACUGGCUGCUCACGGCUCUGUCUGCCUUCCUGAGGAGUCUCACUCAGGUGGUUCAGAUGGCUCCAGUGCUCAGUCUAGUAUGAAAAAAGCCAGUAUUAAAAUUCUAAAAAAUUUUGAUGAAGCAAUAAUUGUGGAUGCUGCAAGUCUGGAUCCAGAAUCUUUAUAUCAACGGACAUACGCAGGGAAGAUGUCCUUUGGAAGAGUCAGUGACUUGGGGCAGUUCAUCCGAGAAUCUGAGCCUGAACCUGAUGUAAAGAAAUCAAAAGGAUUCAUGUUCUCACAAGCUAUGAAGAAGUGGGUGCAAGGGAAUACUGAUGAGGCCCAAGAGGAACUGGCUUGGAAGAUUGCCAAGAUGAUAGUAAGUGACGUUAUGCAGCAGGCACACUGUGACCAGCCAUUAGAGAAAUCUACAAAGCUGUGACUCAGAACCAGAGAUAAGAAAAUGUGAUUUUGAAAAAUAAGAACUUGUCCCUUUGGUUGGAUUCUUCAACACAGCUGAGGAAAAUGGAGCACUGCAUGUCUUUCCACUGCUAGAUCACUGUUGUUUCCAAGAAAGAAUGCAAGACAGUCCAAGACCUGUUGUUAAAUGUAGACAUAGAUGCACAUGAUGGUAACACAGUGAGUCACAAGAUAGAGAGUGGCAUUGGUGACAUUACUAGACAAUUCGUUUUCCAGUAGCUGUAACCCGCUAUGAGAGAGUUACCCACUGGAAUAGACAGGGACCACAUCUGUGAGGCAGAGAAGCGUGAGUUGGUGUGUGGUCCACAUGCUUGCAGCCGACUCCAUCCUUAGCAGUAUCAGAAAGCACGAGACAGAGGUGCUUGUUUUUGUCCUAAAAUUCACAGGUGAGUCAGUCCUACCUGGAGCAUGCAGCUCCAAGUGGCGAUAUGGGCCAGCAGCUUGUGAAGCAGGUGACGAAGAUCCCUUGUGUAGUCUUCCUUCACAGAGGCAUGCAUUUAGAGAGAAGCUGACAAGUCAUGGGUCAAGCCUCAGUGAUGUCAUCCUUCUCUUUGGUGACAGAACACAAUUUUCACAUUUCACUCACUCCUGUGAUGUUAUUACAUCCUUAAAGCUAGUUUCUCCUCUGCUAGCAAAAGGGCACAUUUAGCUUACUUUGAGCAUCAAGACCCAUUCCUCCAUAGGAAUGCCAUGCUCUAGAUACUUUAUUCCCUCUUCGGAAUACACAUGGGAAAAAAUUAAGUAUCACUCCAGUUUUUGCCAUGUGGUACUUGGAACACAUUCUCAGAUUUUAUUUUUCUAAUAAGGUGGGGGAAAGAAGUACUCGCUUUGUAGUGUCUCCCCAGUUCUUCACUGUGAGUGGGAAAUGUGCAGUUGCCUUUUCUCUUUCUGUCUUCAGACAGUAGGAAACUCACUCGCUGCCCUGCCGCUUAGUUGGCUCUGCACCGGUGGCUCUGCCAUUGGCGGGCCACCCGCUGGCAAGCACACUCCCCUGGCCACGUGAUGCUGCCAGUGCUUCCUGUGUGUGUGAGUUUAGAGAGAACGGAAGUUUUCUUAGGUGUCAUUGCUUUUGCUCAGUGUGCAAAAGAAAAUAUAUAUAUGUGUGUGUGUGUGUAUAUAUAUAUAUAUUAUUAAUCACCUCUGUCCUUGGGAAAGUCUUGAAUGAAUAGAGAAUUUAUUUCAUUGCAAUAUUGAUUGUAUAGAGGCACACUGUUUAUCAACAGAAGAAGCAAAGAGGCUGUGUAUAAGUUUUUGGUACUAUGUACCAACUCUGUUAUUCUGAAGUAUUCAUGUACUUAAACCAUAUUCUAUUUAAUUGUGUUUGAUUUUAAAUAUAUAUAUAUAUGAAUUAUAUUUAAAA